AUGCGCAUUGUAAUGGAUCCUGAGCCUUUGGGCAUGCCGCCAGCGCCUGUAGUCCUUCCCCAGCAGCUGAAUAGAUGGGGAGAUGCGCCCUCAAGGCAGCACGCGUCAGUGAACGUCCCCUCGAAUGCGGCAAAAAGCGUGCACGAGUCCCAAUUUCCUUGGGAUGACAGUAUCAAUCAUAAGCUGGUGCUAUGGGACGGUGAUAUUUCUUCCCUUCAAGUAGACGCUAUAGUCAAUUCCACAAAUGAGGCUAUGAACGACAGUAACCCGGUCAGUGAUAGUAUAUUCCAGAGAGCUGGACCUCGACUAAGAGAGGAAAUUAAAUCGGAUGUUAGAGAAUGCCGGACAGGUGAAGUAAAAGUGACCCAAGGCCAUUCUCUUCCUGCCCGUUACGUUAUCCAUACGGUAGGGCCCAAGUAUAAUAUUAGAUAUCAGACAGCUUCCGAGAACACUCUCCACAUGUGCUAUAGAAAUAUUUUGCAAAAAGCGAAAGAAAUGGGCAUCCAUUCGAUAGCUAUACCCGUGGUGAAUUCGUUAAAGAGGAAUUAUCCACCGGAUCAAGGCGCUCAUAUAGCUUUACGCACUGUUCGUCGCUUUUUAGAGCGACACGGCAACUCGCUCGACACUGUGAUAUUUGUUGUUGACAAAGUAGAUUUAGGUAUUUACGAAGUUUUAUUGCCUUUGUACUUCCCGCGAUCGAAACAGGAAGAAAACGCUGCCAGAUAUCAGUUGCCCAGUGACAUCGGUGGACCGGACGGCGAACCAAUCAUGCCAGAUAGACAGAUUCGAAUUAUUGACAAUCCGCAACACACUUUACAUCCUGACGAUGAAAGUUUGCCAAUCGGUAACCAUUUGGAAAUCACUUUGGGCGACGCAGGCACUUUCGCCCAAAUGCAAGCAGAUCCUGACAGGCAGAGGCUGUUGGGCGAAAGACCCAUUACAGACCCUAUUGCCAACAUCAUCAUUCAAGAGCUGGAACAUCAAGAGAGAUACGAAAAACUCUUAAGAAGAUCCAAAACUGAAGAUUUGACCGAAGUGUCUGGCAUUGGCUGUUUGUAUCAGAGCGGUGUGGACAGAUUAGGCCGACCUGUUGUAGUUUUCGUGGGAAAAUGGUUUCCGUUCAACAAAAUCAAUCUUGAUAAGGCCUUACUGUACCUAAUCAAUCUCCUCGACCCAAUAGUGAGAGGCGACUACGUAAUCGCCUAUUUUCAUACAUUGACAUCAAAUAGCAACUAUCCUUCUUUCUCCUGGCUGAGAGAAGUCUACAACGUCUUGCCCUACAAGUACAAGAAAAAUUUGAAGGCCUUUUAUGUAGUUCAUCCGACUUUCUGGACAAAGAUGAUGACUUGGUGGUUCACAACCUUUAUGGCGCCGGCAAUCAAGCAAAAAGUCCAUAAUCUGCCAGGCGUCGAAUACCUUUAUUCGGUAAUGUCACCUCACCAAUUAGAAAUACCAGCUUUUAUCACCGAAUAUGAUAUGACUAUCAAUGGUUUAAGGUACUUCCAGCCAGGUGCCCCAACAUAA